AACCUUGUCGUCGUCCUCCAACCUCGAGCGCCUAUAAAAUCUCUCUCUUUUGGCCCUUUGGGUACCCUCUCUUCUUCCUUUUCUUCUUCUAAUCCCUUCUUUAAGUACUUUCCAUAUAUAGCUUCUCUUAUCUUUCUUUCUUCUUCAUAUAAUCCAACCCCUGACUGAGUUCAACCCACAUGCACACAAAUCAAACACCAAACUAAGGGCAGGGACGACCAGAGAAACACACAACAAAUUUAAGAAGCCAGCCAGAUAGCCUGCCGCAUUUACAAUAUGGGUUUGAUCAUCAUCAUGAUCAGGUACUUGGUCUUGAUGGUGGCUUUAAUAGAGGCUGCAACUGCUGUAACACACCAGGUUGGAGGCAGUAGUGAGGGCUGGACCGUACCGUCCACCCCCUCCUUUUACACCACCUGGGCUGCCUCUCAGACAUUCUCCGUCGGUGACAUCUUGGAAUUCAAAUGGACUUCGACGCACAAUGUGUUGGAAGUGACAGAGACUGAAUACGACGUCUGCUUAGGGAUGAACGGGAUGCCUACGAGUACCAGUCCUGUGAGUGUCACCCUUAAUAAUACCACCGCUCGCUACUUCAUCUGCACUGUCGGGAGUCACUGUGCAAGUGGCCAGAAGCUGGCUGUGACCUCCGUGGCAGCAACCACAACGCCAAGAACGUCUGGAACAUCCCCAUCUGGCUUCUCAGCCUCCAUGCCCACUGCUGCUCUCUUACCUGCACUUCUCUCUACCAUAGCCAUGAUCUCUUUCUUGCUCCCUGUCUAAACUACUGUUCCCGGCCCCAUGCAUAUAUGAUAUUGCAUGUGUAACACGAUCAUCCUGAUCGAUCUUUUCCUUCCGUUUGUUUCUUUGCUUUUAACGUCUACUCGUUAUGGUGCUUGAUCCUAUAUUAUUAGUACAUGCAGUGGCUAAUGCAUGCUUACAUGAGAGUAUUGUAUUUGAUAUCAAUAAAAUCAUCUCAGUUAAGUUUCUAAA